CCGAGGACAGUUAAUGCUGUAGCAACAAGACAAACGUCAGGAGCGUGGAAGGACACAGCAGGAAUCGAACAUGUACAGAUAUUUAGUUCGGACUGUGUACGCUGCUCGAAGCUCUUCAGUGGGUGUGUGCGAGCGGAGUGUGUUUCCAGCUAAAUGCGACAAGGCUGCGAUAUUCAGGGUCGGAACUGGAGGUGGAGUCAAAACGCUCAGCACAAGUUCAGUCAGGCUCUGUGAAAAGAAAGACGAUGGUGUCCUCUCUAAUCAGGAUGAGAAAGCAGAUGCAGACCCAACAGAAACCCCAGCUUUUGCUCAGCAGAAAGCUGAAGAGGAUGGAGAAGUCAUCAAUAUGGCGGAACAAAGGGAUGAGCCAGCGGUAUUAAAGACGGAUGAUGGAAGCACCAUGCAGCAGCAGGUGGAUGAGAAGAUUAAACAGGACGUGGCAAAGCCAGAGCAAGUAAUGACUGACGCAGCUAAGAGUGGGAAGGAGAGUCUCCUUGACCUUCUCGGUGCCAUGAAGGUGGAAGUUACCAAUAAGAGGAGGCUCAAAAGCUUGAAAGCGCAGAAAAAUUAUGAGUCCACCCCCAGAUCAAAUCCAGCCACAAUGGAAAGCACCAUCAGCAUGUUUCAGAAGGCUACUGAGGAGGCCUCAUCACAGAGUGAGACCCUGGAUCCUGAACUGCUUUCAGCUGCGUCUGCUGCAGCGUCCACUCUGCCUGACCACAUCCAGGCCGAGUCUGAGCUGCUGAAGCAGCUGAGGGAGCAUGAAGCUAUCACAGAGGCUCAGAAGAUAGGGGACUUGAGCAACCUAGGAGUAAUUAUCGCUGACAUGAAGGUCGGAAAGAAUACCAACCGCCAGAAUUCUCGGCCGGCCAAUCAGAUCCAGUUUGAUGAAGAUGGGCGAGGAUACACGCAUGAAAGAGGAGUCACUGCUGAGCUGGACAGUGUUCGGAGAAGGAGCCUGUUCAGAGGGAAAAGAUUUAACUUCUUCUCACCCACUACUGACAAAUCUGGAGAGGAAUCUGCAGUUGCACGGCCAACUUUGUGGGACAUGGAAUUUGCUCUUGGCUUGUCUCUAACAGUCAACCAUACGCCCCGCAAUGGGCUUGAGGAAAUGAUCCAGUGGACCAAAGAGGGGAAAAUGUGGCAGUACCCAGUCAACAAUGAGGCUGGCCUGGAGGAGGAAGCUAGUGUCCCAUUCCACGAGCAUGUCUUCUUAGAGGAACACUUGAAGGAGGGCUUCCCCCGUCAGGGACCAGUGCGUCACUUCAUGGAGCUCGUGGUGGCCGGUCUCUCCAGAAACCCCUACCUGACCGUCCUACAGAAGAGGGAACACAUCUCCUGGUUCAGAGACUACUUCCAUCAAAAAGAGGAUGUCCUCAAGGAGGCUGAAGUUUACCUCAACUAAACCUUGGACUAUUUAAUAUUUUUUUCACCAUGAAUGCAAGAACUAUUUCCCCAGCAGGCUCUUUAUCUCCCCAGACUAUCUUCACUCGUACAGUUUAACAAUUCCAGUAUAAACCUGGUAUGAUUUCUUGACUCUUUCAGGUGGCUUGUUAGAGUGGACUGGUAUAACAUCUGUGUCAUAGUGUCAACCAUUGUACAGUAACUGUUUCUCAAAUGGUGAUCAGACCAUAGAACCAAUCUUAAAUGAUUUCACCAUUGACUUGACACAGGAUGGAGGAAAACUGUUUAGGAAGAAUGUGAAAUGUUGCUGAUGAUGAAGUGCUUGUACAAAGUAUGCAACAAUAUAAAGCAGCCAAGAUACAGCA